GGAGCGCAGACGCACCAGGUGCGCACAGGGAGACUCCAAGACGCACAUAACGGAAAGACUGAUGAAUGCUCUACGGAGAAAUUAGGUUGCUUAUUAAGUGCUCAUUGUAAUUGCUAAUUAAGAGGGUUUAAUUAAACUCUGAUUUAAAGACACAAAUCUACUAGAGCGCGAAUGGAGACGCACCGAUCACAGACGCUCGAGCUAAAGACGGUGCCAUGAUGCGCAGCUGCGACACAUGACCCUCACGUAGAUCAUAUUAACGUUUUUAAAUCCACUUUGAGAAGAAAAGGCAACCAUGAACUCAUCCGAGCCUGUCUUGCUCUUGGAUGAGCCGUGUAACAACAGCAGACCGGAGGAAGAGGACCAGAAACUUUUGUUCGGGAUUGGCACGGAUAACUUCAUCACGCUGCUGGUGUUCGGGCUCAUCUUUACGCUCGGAGUUCUGGGUAACUCCAUGGUGAUCACCGUGCUCGCUCGGAGCAAACCGGGCAAACCACGGAGCACCACGAACAUCUUCAUCCUCAACCUGAGCAUAGCGGACCUCUCCUACCUGCUCUUCUGCAUCCCGUUCCAGUCCACCAUCUACAUGAUGCCGACCUGGGUCCUGGGCGCUUUUAUUUGCAAAUUCAUCCACUACUUCUUCACCGUGUCCAUGCUCGUGAGCAUCUUCACGCUCUCUGCCAUGUCCGUGGACCGGUACAUCGCCAUCGUGCACUCCAGGAAGUCCUCCUCUAUCCGGGUGGCGAGGCACGCGCUGAUCGGAGUGGUGGUGAUCUGGAUUCUGUCUCUGGCCAUGGCUGCGCCCAUCAUGUAUUACCAGAACAUCUUUCACCGAGGGGAGAAUCACACCUACUGCUGGGAAGUGUGGCCGGAUCAGAACCAGAAGAAAAUCUAUGUGGUUUGCACCUUUGUUUUUGGGUACGUGCUGCCUCUGCUGCUGAUCACCUUCUGUUAUGCAAAGGUUUUAAAUCACUUGCAUAAAAAGCUUAGAAAUAUGUCCAAAAAGUCAGAGGCAUCAAAGAAAAAGACUGCUCAGACGGUCCUUGUGGUCGUGGUGGUGUUCUGCCUCUCUUGGCUCCCUCAUCACGUGGUUCACCUUUGGGUGGAGUUCGGGACCUUCCCGCUGAACCAGGCCUCCUUUGUAUUACGGGUGGCCGCCCACUGCUUGGCCUACAGCAACUCUUCAGUCAACCCGGUCAUCUACGCUUUCCUGUCAGAGAACUUCAGGAAGGCGUACAAGCAGGUGUUCAAAUGUCAGAUCGGUUCGAGUGACUACCCGCUCAACGACAUCAAGGAGAUUCGCAGCAAAGCAGACACACCACCUUCGACUAACUGCACCAACGUCUGACUGGCACCACUAAAACUAUGAAUGACGCUGUAACUCAAAAGAAGUCGGUAACAGAGCCAAAAGAUGUAUUUUCAUGGAUGCUCUGAUGUUUCGUUGGAUAUCGCUACAGCUGAACUAUUCCACAUAAGCGCUGUUCAUUAAAUGUGAUCUAGAAGUGAUGGGAGGACUCCCUCUGGUCGGUCUGUUUCCUGCUUUGCCUCUGUCGUGAUAAAGACCUGUUCAAUCAGAACUCAGGAAGCUGAUCCCCUCUCUAGAUUGAGCUAGUCUAGACUGUAAUCACUACAUAUGAAUAUCACAUCACAGAAAUGUUAUGGCAUCUAAGUUUAAAGUUGAACGGCUUAAUUUCCAUCACACCAAAACAGUAAAUAAAAUUCAACAAGAUAGACUCAAGAAAAAUAGAAGUCAUUCUACACUGAACUCUUUAGUUGAACUGAAUUUUAUUUUGAUUUCAAAUUGAGUUGCACUACAGUUGCUCUCUGUAUUUAGUCGCUUGUUGCCUUUCUUGCUAGGAAAGAGACAUUUUGAAGAGCUUUGAAAAAACAGACUGUCUUGCUUUACCACCAUAUUAUCAAGAAUGUACAAGUCAUUGAUUUAGGCACUAUUGUCAGAAUGUUUCACAAUGUUAAGCGGACCGUGUUGAAUGUACAUAUUAACUGCACUCAAAUGUUGACAUUACUAUUAAGAGUUGGAAAGGACUAGUUUUUCCAUGAUUUCAAGAAAAAAAAACAUUACAUUUUCAAAAUGACAAAUGAAGUGCCAUGCUAAUCCUGGUUUGUUCUUCUGUAUGGACUUCUUCUGUAUAUUAGAGAUGUUAAUCUUUAAGUCUUGCAAGUGAUUCAAAUUUUUGAAUUAGAUUUAGUAUCGAUUACAAAUUCACAACAAAUUCCGUAUUUCUUAUAAAAAGGGACUAUUCAGUACUACUCCAUCCCAAUGUGCACUAAGCUGUAUAAUAUUAUUUGACACAUACAAUCUUAAUAAAAUAUGUUCAAGAUAAUGCAUUUUGUAACCUAUUGGUACUUUUUUAUCAUCUGGUUAUAAUAAUAUUAUUGCAUUGAAAGAAAACCUUAAACAAGGAUGACAUUAAUUCGUGCUUAAAAUACACAAAUAUAGAUCAAAUGUGUGGGCUUUAUCAAGAAAAGUAUUUAUUUAUU